UCAAGGAUAACCUAACAUUUCUUUUCUUUCUCUCUCCAAAUCUUUAACUUACCAAGUUCUUCACUGCCACACUCUUCUCAUUCUACUCAUAACCCUAUUAUAUUCUCUUCUCCCAAAUUUUUAAUUUUUGGUUCAAAGUAGAUUUUAUUAUUGUUUUAGGGUGGGCUACAAAAAAUGGCUGCAACCACCUCACCAAUGGCUAGCCAAUUAAAGAGUGGGUUCACCACUAAGGCUCUUGUGGUUCCUAAGGGCAUUUCUGGUCCUGCUUUGAGAGGGUUCCCUUCUCCUAGGAGGCACACUUCUUUUACCGUUAGGGCUAUUAAGACCGAAAAGCCAACAUACCAAGUAAUCCAGCCUCUAAAUGGAGACCCAUUCAUUGGUGGGCUUGAGACCCCAGUAACAUCCAGCCCAUUGAUUGCCUGGUACCUAUCCAACCUCCCAGCCUACAGGACUGCAGUCAACCCACUUCUACGUGGUGUUGAGGUGGGCUUGGCCCAUGGGUUUUUAUUGGUAGGCCCAUUCGUGAAAGCCGGCCCAUUAAGAAACACUGAGUAUGCUGGUGCUGCAGGUUCCUUGGCUGCUGCAGGACUUGUAGUGAUCCUUAGCAUGUGUUUGACUAUGUAUGGCAUUGCUUCCUUCAAGGAGGGAGAACCGUCUAUCGCCCCGGCUUUGACUUUGACCGGUAGGAAGAAGCAACCCGACCAACUCCAAUCCGCGGACGGGUGGGCCAAGUUCACCGGAGGGUUCUUCUUCGGUGGUGUUUCCGGUGUUACAUGGGCUUACUUCCUCAUGUAUGUUCUUGACCUUCCUUACUACUUCAAGUGAGUGAGUGGUAUGCUUUUGUUUGUAAGGGUCUAAACUUCUAUGAUUGUGAAGAUGGGAAAAGAUAUUGUAUAUUUCAAGAAAAAUACUUUGCACUA